UAACUCGGAAGCUACAGAUAAGUGCAAGAAAGUAUUUGUUGCCCUGAUUCACUUCUGUAUCACUGAAUUGUGUGAAAUAGCUGACUCGCUGAUUUCACCUGUACGCAUUGGAGUCGCGAGGCCAACAGCGCCAUUCCCGCUGUUUAGCUCCCAUGAUGAAGCAAUGCAGGGUAGUGAAGAAUUGUUUGCUACGGCGCCUCUUCCUCCAAGGCCCACCUCACCAGCAUUGAGGUCUGAGAGUUCAGGAAUGAGGAUGGCUUCAUCAAGACGUCAGAGGCAAUCGGAAUCAAGCAGAGCUGUUGAUGACGAUGAUGACCAGAUGGUUGCAAUAGCAGAUGUGGAAGAAGUUGAUGUGGUGAUGGGAGAUGCCAACGAGGUUCGAGGAGGAGAUGUGGAUCACCGUGGUGACCACCAAGAUCAGCAGGAUGAGCAGCAUGAAGAUGACGAAAUAGGUGGUGAAAAUAGUGAUAUGGAUCUAGACUUGCUAGCUGAAAGUGAUAGCGACAGUGAGAGUAACCAUAGCAACCAAGAUCAGGAUAAUGUGAGCAAUGACCAGGAUAACACUAGUGGACGUCGAAGCACAGUACCAGCUGCAAUGGUUGGAUCAGAUGCAGGAGCUGGAUCAGUUGCAGCAUUUUUCUCUGAGGAAGACUCUUCUUCUAAUCAAGAUGACGGAGAGGAGAGCGAGAAUGAGAUGGAAGAGGAGGAGACAGAAGAACCAGCAUUCCUUGAUGUUCAACUUGAGCGACCACCAUCAAGUCGUACAGGAGAACGACGCCCUCAAAUACCGCACCCGAUGCAAUGGGCUUACCGUGCCCCUCAGCCUUGUAAUACCCCAUCAAAUGCUACCACUGCCUCUUUAAGCUCAAGGGGUUUGAUAUACAUCGACCCAGUCAUCAGGAGGAAUGCU